GCAAUCGAACAACUCAGCGUUGGUCUUGUCCUAUUCUGGGUAAUUAAAAUUGGUGUGCAUCUUCCCGGAUUUGAUAUUAUCGGUCUUUUCCUACACUCAGUUCUUGCUUUGUCACUAUCACACUUCAUCCACGUACAACACGACUACGGCCAGACUCCAAAAUGUCCGAACCCAUCACCGAAGUCGCCUACCUGCCUCUCAAACCCUCUCUUGAUCUCUCCUCUGGUGAAGCAAAGGAAGUGUGGCAAUCAACUCUGCGCACCAUAGCCUCGCAACCCGGUUUCAAAACCGGAUACUGGGGCAAACAAAUCGAGAACCCAGAUACCCUACAGCUAGUCAUUGACUGGGACUCCCUCUCCUCCCACCAAGCCUUCAUGUCCAGCCCAGCCUACACUCCCUUCCUCGAAACCCUUGGAGACAAAAUCCUAGGCGGCUCCCCCACUCUCAUUCACAUCAGUUUCUCCUCCUCGCCUACACCAUCUUCCGAACCACUCUCCGCACCCGUAACCGAAUGCAUAAACAGCUUCUUCGAGCCCACCUACGACCAAUCGCACUACACCACCCAGUUCUCGCAAUUCGGCGAAAAAGCCGCCGCGAUACCGGGUGUAAAAGCCAUAGGCCUAGCUGGGGGCUGGAGUGUAGAGAAGCUGCCACAUGAGAACUUGGGCGAGGGGGUCGAAGGAAACGUUUUCAAUGUCUUUAUUGGGUGGCCAAGUGUCGAGGCGCAUAUGGAGUUCAGGGGCACGCAGCAUUUUGGAGAAGUGAUACCUAUGUUGAGAGAUGGACCGAAGACGAUGAAGAUGUGGCAUGUUGCUUUUGAGAAGUUUGAGUAAGAGGGGUUCUGUGGCUGUUACUGUUGUUGCAUGACGGGGUAGAUGUCAUACAUGAAUCAUCCGAGCAAGUUUGAUAAGUGUACAUUUCACUAGCUUCAACAAUGUUCAAGUGUUGAGAUAGUAAUGGCACAAUUCUGGUUGAGAAAUUGGAGUUUUAAUUGUAAAAGAAGGUCAUAUAUCUCGCAUCAAA